AACACGUAAAUGAAUAAUUGACGUAUCAUGCAAUUUUAAAAGGCUGCUGGGUAUACGUACUUCGUCUCGUAUUACACGUAUCAUAACAUCGCAGAUACGUAUGUGAAUGUUCAACGCUUGAAUGCCCGAGUGGUGGGAUGAAUUUGUGUCAGUGGUGUGCCUGAUGUCAGUAAGAAGUAAAAAUUGAGUAAUAGUGCAUCUGUCAGUGUUGAUUGUUGAGUUUCCAAGACGCUCAUUUUUUUUUCCUCAUUAUUGUCAUUUUAUUCAGAAUUAAGUAACAAUGGAGACAUUAACAUUAGCUUAUAAAAAUAGCGAACAAAGGAUAAUGAAAAAUUUGGAAACUGGCAGAAUAUUACAUCGACCAAAAGCAAGUGCAGGAUUAUGGCUAGGACCUCUGAUUGGUCUUAGUGCAGCAGCAACAAUCCUUAGAGAAGACAACAGUUAUUCAGAAAUAUGUCUACUCGUGGGAUUAACUGGGGUUGGGUUAAUUAUAUGCACAGCCUGCCUUUUUGUACAAUUGAUUAUUGAUAAAUCACCGAGUAAGGAUUUCCAAAUAAUUUUUUUUUUGCCAGCGAGUAUUACAUCAAUGUUGUAUUUACUGGGAGCAAAUAAAGGGCUGCUAACGAGCGUUUUCUGGGGCCUGGGGACUGGCUCUUUGGGGACAUGGGGGAUUUUACAAUUGAUGUCGUACUUCCCGAGGUGUUUUACGCUGGGUGAAGCAAUCACUGUUACACAUGGAAUUAUAUUAUUUUUGUUAUCUGCUGCAUCUAAUUUACCACUUAGAUAUCAUUUACCCCCUCUGCAUGACGAUGAUAUCGCGACUACGAUUCUUCAGGUGGGAAUGAUAUACGUCGGAGUUUGCUGUAUUCUUCCUGGUUUUUUUCCAAAAAUUCGGGAGAAGAAUUUUUUUUGGAUAACAAUAAUUGGAUUAUUGCUUCUCGUCGUUGUUCCAGUACUGCACAUUUUAUUGGACAGAAGUCCACUCGUCUGGAUGAUUUUUUAUGUUUUUGGAAGUUUAAGUAAGGUAUUGAUGAUACUUUAUUGGGCCGUCUGUCUAAUAUUAGGAGCUGGUCUUCUAUCAUAUCAGAUACGAUCCGGAUCACAUGCGGACACUAUUCACAGAAAAGGCUUUCAUUUUCUGGCUGUACUUGUUUACAUUCCUGGUUUACUGUGGGAACCGACAUUACUCUAUUUAGCGAGUGGAGUCACAAUGGGUCUAUUUAUAAUGUUGGAGCUGAUAAGACUAUUAAAGUUAUCAUCUCUGGGGAUUCUACUUCAAUCAGGAUUUUUGGCAUUUGCAGAUGGAAAGGACCACUUGGUUUCGUUGACACCCUUGUAUUUGCUGAGUGGAUUAUCAUUCCCAUUGUGGAUGCCAACAAGUAAUCUUGAAAUUUUACCGCUUCUCAGUGGUGUUUUGACAGUUGGAAUUGGUGAUUCAGUUGCGAGUGUUGUGGGCACAAAAUGGGGCAAAACUAAAUGGGCAGAUUCUGAUAAAUCUGUCGAGGGAACCGUUGCAUGUAUACUCAGUCAAUUAAUAUUUGUUUAUGCAUUCGCUGCAUUGGGAUUAAUUCCUAAUUACGUUACUCUCCUCAGAAGCACAUUAUCAAUAAUGGCAGUGUCCUUUGUGGAAGCUCGCACUGAUCAAGUCGACAAUCUCAUAUUAUCAAUUAUUCUUUACAUUUCUCUUGUUAUUUAAUUUUCUUCACGCAUUCGACAAAGCUAAUGAUGAAAAGUCUGAUAUGCACAUUUAGACUUUGGACCCGCUUGCAUAAAUUAAUUUCCCAUUUCAGUAAAUAUCCGACUAUGAAUUCAUGUGGAAUUCGAAAAGAGACAAAUUAUUUAUGUUGGAAUUGUUACUCCUCAACGAAUUUUUUAUGUUGUAAUAUUCAAUUUUUGCAUAUUACUGUUAUUGCUAACAAAUCAUUGACUUAAAUCAAUCGACAAUCAGAACUCGAUAAUUAUUACGAUGAUUGUUGCAUUCCUGUUUAUUGUAUUUUUAAUGUGACUCGAUACUUUCUAUGAACUUUCUAUGAAAUAAAAGUAUUUUUCUACGUGACCACCAUUUCUCAGAAG